UUGAAGUCAAACUCAUCAACUCCACGUCGUGGAAAAUGGCUGACCACGUGCCUGACGACGUCAUCGACCCUAUACUCCUUGUACAUGACAACUCUACGAGUGCUAAUUCGUCUGAAUCUGCAGAGAAACAGAAAAGUAUACUUUUACGUAAGCAACUAGACGAGGAGUCCGACUCGCCGCCAGUCGCCGAUAGUCUUCAAUCGCUAUCCGACUCUUCAUUAUCUGGUUCGAAACGUGGGCGAAGUGGUACUAUAGGUCUACAGGCGUCUGCCCCAUCGCCGAAGAGGGCAGUGUCAAGUGGACCGAAGCCGAAAUAUGAAGGGCGGACGUGGGCGACACCUGCGAUUGAGAUUCAGCUCUUGAAUUUUCUAUUGAGGAAACUCAGCCUUCGUACAGGCGGUGGUACCUUUCCGAAGGCCGUGUGGACAGCCGCAGAAAUAGAGUUAGGAGAACACGUACCUUUUAAGUUGACUGCCGCGAUGGUAAGGUCGAAGUUCGGAACCUGGAAGGAGGUCUAUAAAGCGUGGAAUGAGCACCUAAACGCCUUAUCAGGUUGGUGGUGGAGCGACACGUUAGGGACGUACCAGGCAGAUCCUGAGACUAUGGAUGAGUACUUCACUACUCAUAAGGAUCGUAGGAGGUUUAGACGUGAAGGUCCACCUCACCUUGAGUUGCUUGAACAAAUAUUCGGAGACGUGGUGGCUACUGGCCAGUACUCGCGGUCAAUUACCAAGGCUUCAUCAGCGUCAGCUAUACAGGUUGAUGAGGAUAGUGAUGAUGAGGUUUACCGUGGCGAUUCGCCGGCCGCCAACCAUAGUAACCCUAGAGAUAGGGUUACUACAACGCGAAGUAAGAAGAGACGUGAUGGAAGUGUGGAUAGGAAUACAUACUCUGAUGAUGACAAGAACCGGAUCGAGGACCGUAAAGCUGCGGUUCAGCGCCUUAAGCUUAAGAAUAGAGUUACACCGAGAAGCGAAGCUAUUCGGAGUAUUACUGAAGUUAUCCUCAAGACACAGAGUGACUUUACUCGGACGCUUGAAAAACAUACCUCGAGACAACAAGAUCCUAUCCAGUUGGCAGUCAAGAAGUUAGAAUUGAAGUACGCUGCUCUACUUACCGACGAUGACUUCGAUAAGGCCUGUCUCAUUAUCGCCAACCCUGGUACAGCCAAUCUCUUCCUUGGUAUGAGUGAUGAGAGAGCAAAAAAGUUUCUUAGAGGCCAGAUUAUCGAGCGAGGUGGAACUGCCUCCGGGUUGUUUCCUAUACCAGAAGUUAGCCGUUUGACAGUUGCAGAUGAGGAUAGGGAGAUAGAAACAACUAGCGAAGGUUCUGAGGUACCUGGUACAGUAGCAGGGCGUCCAUGGCAGCUAUAGUCGUGAUAGAAAGUAUAUGAAGUUGAGUAUACGUUAAUAGAGUUGAGAAUCCGUAAUAGUAGUAGUGACGUAGUAUCUACUAUUACUAAGCUCUGUUCACUUCUAAAUUAGGAGACGCUAGUACCUAUUCUAUAUUAUAUACGUCAUAGUAUAUGGAUAUUCGCGUCGAAACUGCGUUGUAU